AUGCUAUUGUUCAUUUUUCUAACCCUUCCUAUUCUGAGCAAAGCAAUAUAAUCCUAUUUUGUUAAGUUUGGUGAAGUUUAGACCUUAUUUGAAGUAAGAGAAGCUUUGGAAGCUUAGCUUGUUCAGAUCGAUGACGAUAAUUAAUUAAUCAAUAACUCUUAGUUUUGUUAUCUCUCAAAUCGAACAUUAUUAACAGAAGGAUAAACAUUUUAACUACCCUCUGACUAAUUAAAUAAUGAUUCAAUAGUCGAAGACUCUGAUCUUUUGAUCGAUGUGGUGAUCCUAGGACAAAGUGAAAUUUACGGAUUAACAAUGAAUAAUCAUCUUUUCCAUAUUAGUUUAAUAGAUGAAACCUCAAAAAUUUAUUCUUUUAAUUUCACACAUGAGUAGGUUUCACUGCCUUAACUUAUUGGAUCUACUGAAUAUCUAAUUUUAGCAUAUCCUGACUAUGCUCACUACUUAGAUUUUAGAAACACAAAAAAUUAAGGAGAAAUUCGGAAUUGGUAAAGUAGAUAAAGUAGGUAUUAUUCUGAAAUAAUUGAUUAUUAUUUAUUUUCUGCUAUUGGAUCAGAAGGCUUAGAAAUUUAUUUAAUAAAUCAAGAUUACUAGUCUUACAUAUUAGAUAAAUAAUCCAUAGGUUUAUCAGCUGUUGAUUUUAGAGAUUUUUCUAUUUCAAAGUUAAGAGAUACUAAUUAUAUACUUUAUGUACUGUGUAGAAUAAACGGAGUGAUGGUUAUUGAUUUGACUAUUAAAAAUCAAAAAGUUAUGAGCAAACUUCUUUUGAAGAAUAUUGGUCCCAAAACUGAUGGAAUUGCUCUAACUAUUAAUAGUGAUAGCUUUGUCUUUGUUGCCUACAAAACCAAAAAUCAGCAUUAUAUAAUCUAAUUCAACAUUGAGUUACUUAAUAAGAAGUGGGGUUCUGUUGCCAGAUUCAACAUUUCUAAUAAGAUUGUUGAUGUUGAAGUAAACGAGGAGGUUCUACUAGUUCAGGGAUUUCAUACUCAUUUUCUUAUUUAUUAUUAGGAAAAAGAAACUGCAAUUCCUUUUGUGUUAACUUCGGUUAAAUAAUUUGUUUUAGCUGAUAAUUAUAUCUAUGGAACUACAUCUAAAUAUUUAUUUCAAAUUCAACCACAUCUUUAGCCCUAUUAGAUUAAGUGCUUUAUAGAAACUGAUUCAAAAUAAAUAGAAAAAAAGUUUAAAUUAACCUAUCGAACAAAUUAAGGUUGGAAAUAAAAGGAAUUUAUGGUGCACUUCAACCAAAAACCCUUUAUUAUUUCAAUUUAUUAUUUAUUUUACAUUUUAGCAGUGUUUCUCCUCUCAAUUCUUUUUUAUGUAGCAUACCAACAAUAUAAAAAUUAAAGGGAAAAGUUGGUGGAGAGUCAACAACUUGAAUUAAAGAUUCGAUCGCUGCCUUAAAACCGAGCUUCAAAAUUACUGAUGCCUCACACUUUUAGGAUGGUUUAAACAAAUAUUGACACCAGAAUAAAUACUCUAAAUUUUGGAGAGGAUGAUACAAUAUUAUAAAAAGAUUAGAAGAUUUUUUGA